CCACGCUUUGGUUUUCGAAUUUAGUCGGAUACGAAACCCGUGUUUUAUCUUCGUUGAAAGGAGCGUAGGGAAUUUGUUUGUACGGCGCGAUGUUUUUGCUCAAAAACCUCUGGAAACUCGCUUGAAACAGCCAGUGCGGAACCUUACGAAGUUUUUGCGUUCGGAAAUGAAACGAUCAAAUCGACUCGCAUUGGUGGUGUGUCUUUGUUUUAGUUUUCUGUGAAAGUGGCCCAUUUCUUUGGAUAUCUAAGUUUUUCUGGAAUUUGGAUUACUUUGUUUAAGUCUCCCUUCUUUUCAGAUUCUUCCGUGAUGAGCUGAAAAUAAGAUGCUUCGAUGCGUAUUCUCAGUCGCAUCAGUUCUCUGUCUCUUUGCUGUGUCCACCAAUCAAGCGACGGAAGAUGGCUUGUUUCCUGGAAAUGUCGCUUUCCACUUCACCGCUCCACUCUACAAUGUCAGCAUACCGGAAAAUAGCGUGGCAAAGACUUAUGCCACGCAAAGUCCAGGGGCGCCCCGCAUGGGGGUUCCGGUAACACUCAACACCUUCACUGAUAUCAGAUAUAAGAUCCUGGGAGGCAACAGGGAUCUCUUCUUCAAAGCAGAACAUCGUUUGGUCGGCGACUUCUGUUUCCUCUUUAUCCGAAUAAAAACCGGCAAUAACGACGUUCUAAACCGGGAGAGAAAAGACAAAUAUAUUUUACAAGUACGAGCUACUGCCAACAUCAAGGAGGGAAACCCGAAGGUUCAGUACUCAUCAGAAACUACUGUAGUGGUUACCGUUCUGGAUACGAACGAUCUGAGCCCACUGUUUUAUCCAACUGAGUACAACGCGACAGUGGCCGAGGAUACGCCGAUUCAUCAGAGCAUCCUUAAGGUCAUUGCUGAGGAUGCCGAUUUGGGCCGAAACGGUGAAAUCUACUAUUCAUUUGCCGAAGAGACUGACAAGUUCGCCAUCCAUCCAGUCACCGGCGUUAUAACACUGACGCGACCCUUAAUAUACAAUGAGGGAACGUACCACGAACUGAAAGUGCACGCUCAAGAUCGCGGCAUCCAAUCACAGUCCGGUUUCGGGUUUAGUGUGGCUCAAGUUCAUAUUCGGGUGAAAAAAGUGAAUCUCUACGCUCCAGAAAUCCGGAUCCGACGACACCCCUCCAUAGUGGAGAACAGUAAUGCCGAUAUUUACGCGAUAGUGAACGUGAGUGACAGGGAUAGCGGAAUUCAUGGCGAAAUUGAUAAAUUAGAGAUCGUAGACGGGGAUCCCGAUGGACAUUUCAGGAUACGACCAACCAGACAGAAGGGGGAGUACAAUAUUGAGGUGCUCAAAUUGCUCGAUCGCGAAAAAACUCCCCAGGGCUAUCAGCUUCAGCUGCGCGCCGUCGAUAAAGGAAUCCCGCCGCGCGAAAGCUACAAAUCGGUGCCAGUCCAACUGGCCGAUCUGAAUGACAAUGCCCCAAUUUUCAACAAGGAAAUCUACGAUGUGAAAGUGCCGGAAAGUGCCCCGGUAAACACGCCCCUAAUCAGACUGAAGGUGAGCGAUCCCGAUGACGGACGAAACGCGCAAGUUUUCCUGGAGAUUGUUGGAGGCAAUGAAGGGGGCGAGUUUCACAUCAAUCCAGAAACCGGAAUGCUCUAUACAGCCGUGCCUUUGGAUGCCGAAACUAAGCAGUUUUACAGCUUAACGGUGUCGGCAAUAGAUCAGGGCAAUGUGGGCACCCGCAAGCAAUCUUCGGCCAAAGUGAAAGUCUACGUGGAAGAUACCAACGACAAUGACCCGAUUUUCGAUAAGUCCGAGCUGACUGUUUGGAUCGAUGAAAAUAUGCCUGCAGGUACUUCGGUCACGACGGUUCAUGCCAAAGACAGGGACCGAGGCGAGAACGCCUACAUUUCCUAUCUGAUCGCCAAUUUGAAUAAGGUUCCUUUUGAAGUCGACCAUUUUUCCGGAUUGAUCAAAACAACGCAACUACUGGACUAUGAGAGCAUGCGAAGAGAGUACGUGUUGAGGAUCAGAGCGUCGGAUUGGGGGCAACCGUAUCGCAGGCAAACUGAAAUGGAAGUUACUGUUAAAGUUCGUGACAUAAACGACAACCGUCCGCAAUUUGAAAAAAUUGACUGUGUGGGAAAUUUGCCCAGACAUACACCGAUCGGAAGCGAAAUCAUCACCCUUUCGGCCAUCGAUUUCGAUUCGGGAAACAUCAUCAGUUAUCGCAUCGUGUCUGGAAGCGAAGACAACUGCUUCAGCAUUGACUCCACUUCAGGAACCAUCACUGUUUCUUGCGAUCUCAACGAUGUGCGAGUGAGCGAACGAGAGCUGAACGUGACCGCUACCGACAACACCCAUUUUGCCGAUAUUGCCAAAGUGAGAUUCAAGCUGGUGAAUACCAAGAAGAACGUUUUCAGCAGUGGUCGAUUGCUGACUGACGAUACUGGAACUUUCGACUGCAAAGACACUGGGGUAGCUCGUCGGCUCACUGAAGUGCUGGCUGAAGCCGAAAACAAUAACGGUCCUUUGGAGGUGGAGGAUUUGCCGAUGAUGCCCACACGUUACGGCCAAAACGUCCACUCUCCAGAAUUCAUUGAUUUCCCCAUCGAAAUCAAAGUCAAUGAAAGUGUUUUGAUCGGGACGAUCCUGGUGAGGCUGAAGGCUCGGGAUCGCGACUUGGGCUUCAAUGGGGAGCUGGUUUAUGGGAUUUCUGGUGGAGAUUCCCGAUCCCAAUUCGAUGUGGACAUGAAAACGGGAGAUCUGAAAGUGAUCGGCUACCUGGACAGGGAAAAGGAGUACGAAUAUUUCCUGAACGUCACCGUCUACGACUUGGGCAGGCCGCAGAAGAGCUCAUCCAGGGUGCUCCCGAUCACUGUGCUGGACGUGAAUGAUAAUGCGCCGAAAUUCGAAAAAUCCCUGGCCAGUUUUCGCGUUACGGAAAAUGCCUUGAACGGUACUGCCAUUUUUCGAGCCAAUGCCACCGAUCUGGAUGAGGGCGAUAAUGCUAAAGUCACGUACUCGCUGGCUACGGACACUCAAGACUUUGCAGUUGAUAAAACCACAGGGAUUUUAACAGUUGCCCAUGCAUUGGACCGAGAGCGACAAGAUCUAUACGAGCUGAAAAUUCGAGCCACAGACAAUGGAGGCAAAGGCCCAGACAAUCCUCCGUUAUUUUCCGAAGCCAUUGUGCGAAUUUCCAUUGACGAUAUCAACGAUAAUGCUCCCAAAUUCAGCUUACCCAACUAUAAUGUGAAAAUUAGGGAAGACGUUCCCAUAGGUACAGUCGUAGCUAUUGUAACCGCUUCCGAUCCGGACUUGGGGCCGGAGGGCGAAGUGCGCUACGCUUUAGAAGACAGCGACAGCGAAGGGAUCUUCAAAAUUGACAAACUCUCGGGCACAAUUCGCACCACCAAACAUCUGGACUUUGAGGAACGGCAAGUUCACAGUCUUCUGGUGAUUGCGAACGAUCGGGGCAACCCCAGUUUGACUUCGGAGGCAACAGUGACCGUAAACGUGGUGGAUGUUAAUGAGAAUGUGCACGCUCCAGUGUUUAGUGAUGCGAUACUAACAGGAAGUGUGCGGGAAAAUAUGCCAAUUGGUACUUUCGUGAUGAAUGUGAGUGCUGUUGAUUUGGACGCGCGCGGCGGGGACUCAAUGGUGGAGUACUCGAUUAAAGAAGGGGAUGGAAUUGGCCUGUUUAGCAUCGAUAACAAAGGUAAGCUUCGAAUCGAGCCCCGGAGACCAAUUUUGUGUGUGAUCAAGACCACAGCGAUUUUGGACAUUGAAACCAAGGAUCAUUAUUGGCUCACUGUGUUUGCUCAAGACCAUGGUGUGGUUCCAUUGUUUUCCUCUGUGGAGAUUUACAUCGAGGUUCUGAACGAAAACGAUAACGUGCCCCUCAGCGAACUUCCCGUAUAUUAUCCAGUUAUACAGGAAGACAGUCCUGCGGGGAAAACAGUCCUGCAGAUCAAGGCGACCGACAGAGAUAAGGACCCCAACCAGAAGAUAUCGUACAAGAUAGCAGCCGGAAACCCUGAAGGAUUCUUUACGAUUAAUUCCCACACAGGAGUUAUAACAACCACAGCUCGGAAGUUGGACCGUGAGACGCAAGACGAGCAUAUUUUGGAGGUUUUGAUUUCGGAUAAUGGGGUGCCACCACUUUCAUCCACCACUCGAGUGGUGAUAAAAGUCGAUGACAUCAACGAUAAUUCCCCGGAAUUUGUAGAACAGGCUUUUUACACCGUCACCAUUCCAGCAACUGGCAACUACGAUCGUGCCAUGUUUCAAAACGAUGCCCGAGGAUACUUGGUGGACGAUUUUGAUGGGGCAGAUGCGGCGGUUGAACUUGAACCCUGGGAAAGUUAUGGUCCCGCUGAUUUCGAAGGGCUGGAACCAGCCCUACGGGUUCUGGCCUACGACAAAGACAUCGGCCCUAAUGCGGAUAUUCACUAUCAAAUCAAGUCGUUCAAAUCAAAGGGACGUUCCAAUUUCAAAAUCGACAGGGCUUCCGGAUUGUUGUACGCUCAGAAGAAAUUCGACCCCGGAUAUGAAUUCGAAUUGAAUAUAAAAGCAACGGACGGUGGAACGCAUGCUAAGAGCAGCAUCUGCAAGGUUUUGGUGAAAAUAGUUCCAGUUCCUUUGACUUCCAAACAUCCACCAGUCGUCACAACUCCUUCUCCAGUUAAAUUGACUGAAGGAGAUCAAAUCGGCUUUCUGGUCGGUUUGAUUCAAGCUUCGGAUGAAGACAAUGACACGCUUUGGUAUGAUAUUGUCGAUGGCGAUGAUCGGCAGGAUUUUUACAUUGGCAGAGAUAUGGGCAACAUUCUUUUGGCUCACAAGCUUGACCAUGAGCGGCAAAGUGAAUACACCCUUAAUAUCAGCGUUACGGACACUGUUCAUACGGUGUAUGUGCAGUUGAAUGUCACAGUCAUUGAUAUCAACGAUCAUAGGCCGGAAUUCAGCGAAAGUUUGUACAAAGUGGAAAUAUCAGAGGCCGUGCCAGUGGAAACGGAAAUCUUAAAACUCCAAGCGACAGAUAAGGAUGAAAACGACCGACUGAUUUACAGUUUCUAUUCGGCCGAGAAUGUUUUGUCGUUGAAAACCUUCAAGCUGGAUUCCAUUACCGGCAUAAUAAGCCUGGCCACGAACCUGGACCGAGAGACUUUGAGUGAGCACAUUCUCACUGUAAUGGUGCGCGAUGCUGGCACGCCUGCGAAGAAAAACCUGGCCAGAGUGCACGUUAUUGUGCACGAUCAUAAUGAUCAUGCCCCGCAUUUCUCUGAUAAGAUCCUUGUGGGAAAGGUAUACGAAACUGCAUCGAUUGGAAGCGUUGUCCUCAAAGCCCUAGCAGUCGACCAUGAUAAAGGCGAAAACGCCCGAAUCACCUACACAAUUGUAUCAGGAAACGUCGGCAAUGUCUUCAACAUUGAUCCUGAUCUCGGGACCAUCAGCAUAGCCAGGGAACUGGACCUGGCAAGCGCCUCAGAAUACACUCUACAUAUUCGGGCUACUGAUCAUGGCCAGCCUCCUCUUUGGUCGACUGUCCCCGCCCAUAUUUCUUUGACCAUGGCUGACAAUGCUCCUCCCAGGUUUGUGAAUAAGGAAAUUGCUGCAGAAAUCUACGAAGAUCAGCCGCUGGGCAGCUACGUGGCCCACUUGGACGUGCGAAGCAUGUCCUCAUUGCAAUUUGAGAUUCUGGACGGCAACAGCGGCGACAGCUUCAUAAUCAGUCCAAGUACCGGGGUGAUUACCACUCAGAAGUACUUGGACUAUGAGACCAAUAAAUUCUACAACUUAUCUGUGAUAGCCAUCAAUAUGGCCUCGAUAUCAGCCACUUGCAACGUGAUCAUUCACAUCCUGGACAAGAACGACAACGCUCCAGAGUUUCUUCAGCUGAAAUACUUUGGCGUGAUUAGCGAGGCGGCCCCAGUAACGUCUUUGGUGUUGACCAAUUCCAGCAAACCGUUAGUGAUUCGGGCUUUCGACGCGGACAGUGAUCGGAACGCGCUGCUCAACUUCGAUAUCCAGGAGAUUCUCCCGAGGACGUAUUUCCAAAUCGACUCCAACACUGGCGCGAUCAGAACCCUGCGGCUCUUGGACCAUGAGACUUUGCCCAAAUUCAGUUUCCAUGUACAGGUCUCAGAUAUGGGGAAGCCCAAGCUUUUUUCGGAGACGAUUGCCACUGUCGAUAUCGAGGUGACGGACAUAAACGAUUGUCCGCCGAUAUUUUCCAGCCCUGUCUACAAUGUGACCAUUCUGCUGCCCUCUUACAAGAACGUGGCCGUUAUUCAAGUGGACGCCGUCGAUCCUGAUAGCUCAGAAGGACAGUUUUUGAAAUAUGACAUUAUUGAAGGCAACAAGUUGGGAGCUUUCAAGAUCGACUCCCAAACUGGCAUAAUCACGUUAGUGGAUCCAGAAAAUCUGAAAUCCUCAGCUUCAUACAAGCUGCACGUCCGCGUUUCCGAUGGAAAAUUCUCGAACGUAGCCAAAGUCUACAUCAGAGUGGACGAAUCCGACAACAGCGGCCUGGUGUUCCAAAAGACCUUCUAUGAGGGCACUAUUAUGGAGAAUUCCACGAAAAUUAUCACCGUUUGCGUGGUGAAUGUGCUCGGAAGCGCCUUGAACGAGCACAUCGAAUUCCGGAUUCUUAAUCCCACUGAUAUGUUUGCCAUUGGGCCGACUUCAGGUGUGAUCCGGACCACUGGGGCAAAAUUCGAUCGGGAAAUGAAAGACAACUACCAUCUGAUAGUGGAAGCAAGAAGCAACUUGCCCUAUCGGGAACGACCAAGAGUGGCGCAUGUUAUAGUGAAUGUAACGGUUUUGGAUAUAAACGACAACUGUCCGAUGUUCGUCAACUUGCCCUACUAUGCUGUGGUAUCCGUGGACGAUGAAAAAGGAUCGGUGAUCACCAAAGUCCAUGCCAUUGACCUGGAUAGUUCAGAUAACGGUGAAGUCCGAUAUGAGCUGAUUAAGGGCCAUGGUGAGCUGUUCAAAGUGCAAAGAGAGUCGGGCGAUAUAGAAAUUAAACAAAACCUGGAAGGCCACAACAGAGAAUACGAGCUCCUAAUCGCCGCCUAUGACAAAGGAAUAACACCCUGUCGCACCGAUGUUAAGGUCCACAUAAAGGUCAUCGACCGAUCAAUGCCGGUGUUCAAAAAACAAUUCUACUCGGAAAUGGUGCCCGAAAACGUCGAAUUGCACUCUCCAUUGUCCAUUUCCAUUGAAGCCGAAUCGCCUUUGUCGAGGAAGUUAAUUUACAGUAUUGUGCGAGGCAACGAGCUGGAAGAAUUCACGCUUGAUUUUAAUACUGCUCCAGAGAGUAACAAUGGGCCUUGUGUCAUUUCCGUUGUGGACGAGCUGGACUUUGAACAGACCCCCCAAUACGAGCUUCUAAUACGGGCAACUGAUUCCGUGUCCGGAGUGUAUGCAGAAGUGCCAGUAUCGAUAGUUCUAACGGAUGUUAAUGACUGCCCGCCUGAGUUUAGUCAAGAAUAUUACAACAUUUCGGUAUCAGAGGCUGCUCAGUUCGGCUCCCACGUCCUAACAGUGGUCGCUCACGAUAAUGAUACAGGAAUUAAUCAAGAUAUAACCUACUCGAUCCAAAAGGAUAAGGACAACAAUGCCACUGACUACUUUUACAUUGAUAAGCUGGAAGGAAAGAUCUUUUUAAAGCAGAGUUUGGACCAUGAAAUGGCCAGCGAACAUCAUUUUGAGGUCAUUGCUACCGACCAAGGGGUGCCCAGCUUGAACACCACUGCUCAUGUAUGGGUUACAGUACUGGACAUGAACGAUAAUCCUCCAAAGUUCGAGCUCUCCUCAUAUUCCUGCGGCUUGUCGGUUUCCUCCAAACGAGACCAGUUUGUUACGAUCGUAAAGGCCAGUGAUCUGGAUGAUAUUGACCAGGACAGUCUGAAAUACACCAUGGUGGCUGGCAAUGAGCAACAAACCUUUUCAAUGGACCCGAACACCGGAAUUAUUUCAUUGGUCAAUUUAGCCAACUUCGGAAACCAACAGAUGAUGCUGCUGAAUGUAUCAGUGAGCGAUGGGGUUUACACGAACUUCGCCAGACUCAAAGUGGAACUUAUUCCGGCUAAUCUACAUCCGCCCAAGUUUAGGGAUGUCAUUGUCGACGUAGCUGUGUUUGAAAAUCGCAUGCCUGGAGUGUUGGUAGCAAUAGUAAAUGCGACCGAUUUGGAUUUUGGCGAAUUCGGAACCAUCACCUAUAGCAUCCAUUCGGAUUUGCUUAGUGAAACUUUCAGCAUCGAUGCAAGCAGCGGAAAAAUAACCACCAAAACUAUUUUGGAUCGUGAGAAGCAGAAACAGUACGAGAUUCCAGUGAUGGCAACAGAUGGAGGAGGACUAAGCGACUUUUUGACCGUAAGAGUGAAGGUCUUGGACGAAAACGACAAUGCCCCCAGAUUUUUGCUCAAGGAGUAUAAAAUCUGCAUUGCUUCAAACUUGACAACGGGGGUUACAUUCUCUAAGAUCAAAGCCACUGAUGCGGAUGAAGGCCCGGCAGCCCAAUUGGAGUAUUCAAUUUACGAGAGGAAAUCAUCGGAAGUCGCCAAUAUUUUUGGUAUCAAUCCAUCUACAGGGGAAUUGUUUCUCAUUAGAAAUGUCAAUCAAUGGGUGGGAGAAGUGUUCCAGUUCUUUGUCCGAGCAACCGACAAAGGAAAACCGGAAAAACACAGCGACCUGCCAGUGGUUAUUCUCAUUAUGGGCGCAUCCGAUUUUCCUCCGACUUUUGAGCGAAAAGAAAGCAAAUUCUUCCUAUCGGAAAACUCGGCCACUGGAACGGUGAUUACCAAACUAAAAGUCUUCUCUAAUGUGUCCGUUAACUUUGAGAUUGUGUCGGACUCGGAAGAAAAUCCGCAAUUUUCCAUCGAUGGCCAAGGCCAGGUGGUGUUGGCGCGGCCAUUGAAUUUUGAAAAACAACCAACCCAUCUGAUUGGUGUGCUGGCUUUAACCGAUAGCAGCCCUCCGCUAUCAGCGCUGGCUGAAAUUGUCCUGCAGGUGCAGGACGAGAACGAUCAUGCCCCGAUAUUCGAAAACAGCACCUACAAGCUCAUUUUGGCGGAGAAUGUGCCUGAAGGAUCCUCGAUAAUGAAGCUUAUCGCCCACGAUGAAGAUCAGGGAAGCAACGGCGAAGUAAGAUACAGCUUCACGUCGGAAAAUUCGGAAAUAGUCGACUAUUUCGCUAUAGACACUCACACUGGAUGGCUGAGCACGUUGGUUAAACUGGACAAAGAGACCAGGCCAGAAUACAAGUUUUAUGUCACGGCCACUGAUAAUGGAAAUCCAAAGCAUUCCACUCGAACCUCUGUCACAAUUAAAUUAAAAGACUACAACGACAGCCCGACGCUUUUCAAAGAAAAGCUUUAUCAAUCCAGUGUUAAGGAGGACGCUCUGCCUGGAACUGUUCUUCUAACCCUAACCACCACAGAUUUGGAUAGCGAUUUGUCCACUCCGGUAGAAUUUUAUAUUAUCGCAGGUGACCCAAGCUCGCAGUUCCAAAUUCGCCAAACUGGAGAAUUAUACGUUGCAAAAAGUCUGGAUCGAGAAAAACUGGCUACUUACAACCUAAACAUUUUGGUAACUGACGGCCUUUUUACCGAUACAACCAAGGUUACCGUGAUGGUGCUCGAUGCAAAUGAUAAUCCUCCGUACUGCUUGAAAUACCGUUAUCGACAAGUCCUAUCAGAAGGCAUUUUGCCUGGAUCUUUCGUACUUUCCGUCUUGGCAAGUGACGCUGAUGGUCCAGAACAUUCAAAGUUAAAAUAUGUUUUAUCAGGUGAUGGAUCGGAAAGCUUCUUCUUAGAUAAAAACACCGGAGAUUUGAAAACGAUCAUGUACUUGGACCGAGAAAAUCAAUCCAAAUAUAUGUUAACCGCUCACGUACACGACAAAGAGCAUUCGACCUGGGAAUGUUCCUCGCAAAUUGAGUUGGUUAUUUCCGAUCUAAACGAUAAUCCACCGCUAUUCAGCCUACCGUAUUACUCAGUAGCCCUUCCAGAAGACGUUGAAGUCGGCACUUUAGUAACAAAAAUUCACGCUACCGAUGCCGACAUUGGCAUCAACCGAAAGAUCAAAUACUCCUUUAUUGACUCAUUUAACGAUCACUUUCUGAUGGCCUCUGAGAGUGGAAUUGUGACGCUGGCAAAGCCUCUGGAUCGGGAAAUUAGGGCGAUGUACAACCUGACUGUCCAGGCUGUGGAUCAGGGAACACCGCAACUUUCCAGUAUCGCCAGUUUGAUCGUGAAUGUUCAGGAUAUCAAUGAUAAUCCGCCAGAGUUUGCCAACAAGUACUACUUUGCUACUGUUCCAGAAAUCGAUGCCAUUGGUACUGAAGUAGUACGAGUUCAGGCCACAUCGGAAGACAUCGGAGCCAAUGCGGAAGUUUACUACUCAAUCAUCGGCGGCAAUGAACACAAGAAGUUCGCCAUCAACAACAAAAGUGGCGUGAUCACCAUUGCUGAUAUGUUGGAUUUCGAGCGUGCCAAGGAUUACUUUUUGACCAUACAAGCGAUUGACGGAGGAAUACCGCCGCUGAGCAAUGUGGCCACUGUAAACAUCAGUGUAACCGAUUGCAACGAUAAUGCUCCGGUGUUUUCGCAAGGAUCAUACAGCGCGAGAGUUCGGGAAGAUAUCCAGAUUGGCGGCCAAGUCGUACAAAUUACUGCUAUCGAUAUAGAUGGCGAAGAGAAUGCCAAAGUGUCCUACUCAAUUGUGAGCGGUGACAAUUUGAAUCAAUUCUCAAUCGAUCCCAAAUCUGGGCAUGUAACGGUUGCAGCGCCCUUGGACAGGGAAACUAUUUCCAGCUAUUUGCUGGAAAUUUUGGCCAAAGACAACGGCCUUCCAGUUCUAUCGCGCCAAACUACGCUGAGCAUUGAAAUAGCCGAUGCUAACGAUAAUCCGCCAACGUUUUCACAGCCAAAUUACACCGCAGUUAUCCAGGAAAACAAGCCGCUGGGACAUUCAAUAUUGCAAUUCAAAAUCACCGACGGGGAUAUUGUGCCGAAUACCGUUCCUUAUACGUUCGAUAUCCGGGUGGGCAACGAUGGCAAUUCUUUCCGUCUGGAUCAAGACGGUAAUUUGCGAACUGCUGCGAAGUUUAACCAUAAAAUUCGCAAUAACUAUUUGUUGCAAAUUCGGGUGUUUGAUAAUGGAAGUCCGCCGUUGUAUUCCGAUACUUGGGUUCUGGUUAAAGUAAUCGAAGAAUCCCAAUACCCUCCAAUAAUAACUCCUUUGGAAAUCACCAUAAACUCCUACCUGGACGAGUACCCAGGCAGCAUUAUAGGCAAAGUGUACGCGAACGAUCAAGAUCAGUAUGACACUCUCACAUAUGCGCUCUAUCCAACGGUUGGAAUCGCCUAUCCAACACACGAAUUAUUCCAAAUUAACCGUUCGGAUGGCACCUUGACAGCCUUACCGCGCUUGGAUGUGGGCGAAUAUCGACUCAACGUUUCGGUGACCGAUGGGAAGUUCUUCACCCAUAGUAUUGUGAAGAUCAAUGUGGAAAUCCUCACGGACACCAUGCUGGAAAACUCCGUGGGAAUUCGCUUUAGGGACGUUAGCCCAGAAGCCUUCAUUUUGAGCCAUAAAAAAGGUUUCGUGAAAUCGAUUAAAAACGCCAUGAGCUGCAAGCUGAAAGACAUUGUCAUCAUCAGCGUGCAACCUUCGCGGGAUGAAGACCUGCUAAGAGCCAAAAGGCAUCUAAAUGAAACGAUGAACGCGAACCAAUUUGAGAGAGCCAAACGCUACAUACAUCAAGACCUAGACGUGCUUUUUACGGUCCGCAAGCCAGACAAGGGCUUCUACUCAUCAGAUUCCAUCAGAAAAGCAAUCAGCGACAAUCUAGAAGAACUAGAAGAAAGCACCAAGCUAGUAGUGGAGGAAAUAAUCAGGCCAAAGUGCAACAAUAAGUACUGCAUGUACGGGAUAUGCCAGGAUCACUUUACACUGAACACCGCUACCAUUGAUCCAGUUUCCACUGAUGUGACCAGUUUCGUCUCGCCAAUGCAUCGGCAGAAGUUGGACUGUUUGUGCAAAGAAGGAUAUGGAGGCGAUCGAUGUGACACAAUAGUGAACGAAUGCGCCCGAGAACCCUGCCCAAUCUUCAAGCUUUGCGUUCCAGACGCUUCUCAAACAGGAUAUUCCUGCCAAUGUCCUGAAGGAUUCGCAGGCCCAUCUUGCGACGUUGAUAUAUCCAAAUGCCACGACCAGAACUGCUAUAUUGCAAGAAACCCGAUAUCUUUCAGUGGGAAAAGUUAUUCUCAGUAUCGAAUAAUCAACAAGAAGUCGAUCGAAGACCAGCUCAGCCUAAGCUUAAGAGUUAGAACCAUACAACCAACAGGUAACCUAAUGUAUGCUGCUGGAAAAGUCGACUACAACAUCCUGGAAAUCGUGAACGGCGGUGUUCAGUAUCGCUUCGAACUGGGCAGCGGGGAAGGAAUUGUGCGCGUUGGGGAUGUUUAUGUGUCCGAUGGAAAUUGGCAUGAAAUCAAACUGGAAAGAGACCGCAACAACGCGAAGAUCACCAUAGAUGGAACGCAUUCAGCUCAAGGCUCAGCGCCAGGAGUAAGCGACAUCCUAAACCUCCAAAGCGACGAAAUGUACCUGGGCGCUGAAGUACAUCAACAUCCCUCGAUUUUGGGCUUUGAAGAUGUGCAAAAAGGGCUUUCCGGUUGCAUGGAUGAUAUCCGAAUCAGCAGGGUUUCAGUGCCUUUGCACAAAUCGGGGGAAAACUCGGUGGUGGUGUUGAAAAGAUUUGCCAAUGUGGAGUUCAGCUGUGAUAUCAACAACAUGCUGGUUCCGCUGGGGCCCUGUGGGUCUCAGCCCUGCUUAAACGGAGGAACCUGCCGAGAAACGAAAGGAGGUUAUGAAUGCGAAUGCCAUAACAGAUACACUGGCACUCUAUGCGAACUGGACACUGAUCCAUGUGCCUCCUCCCCAUGCCUUUACGGGGGCAAAUGUACCCCUACGAUAGCGGGAGAUUUUGUAUGUGAAUGUGUGCUGAGACUUGGAGGCAAACGCUGUGAAUAUGGAAGAUACUGUUCGCCUAACCCCUGUAAGCAUGGCGGGGUGUGUGAAGAAGGAGACGAUGGGCCUCUGUGUAAAUGCAGGGCGUUUGCUGGCGAAUAUUGCGAGUAUGAUCUAAAUGAGUGCGAAACCAACCCCUGCCAAAAUGGGGGAACGUGUAUCAAUGAAAUUGGGUCGUUCCAGUGCUUGUGCCCUUCGAAUGUUACUGGAGUUUACUGUGCUAAUUCGAUUUACAACUCGCCGAUUUCGCCCUCGUUCUUUCUCAAUAUCACCUGGAAUCAGCUCAUGUACUUUGGGCUCGGCCUGGGGGUUUUACUGUUCAUCUCCAUUAUUAUUUGCUUGGUGUGCUGUUGCAAAAUGAGACAGGCAAAGAAACGACAGGCAAGAAACAACGAAAAUAUCAAAGACAAUAACGUUUUGAACUCGACACACCAUCACAGAGCUCACGAGCUGGCUGAGUUUGCAAAGCGCGGCUCAAAACUCAGCAACCUGGAGGUAAAUCAUCGAGAAAUUCCCCCUGCUGCCCGGCCAGUCAGCUAUACGCCUAGCUCUCAAAAUGAAGGCAUUUACAAUAACAACGCCACUACGAUGAUGUUCAACAACUUGGACACUUUAAGAAGCUACGGUUCAGCCGGGGAUGAGCUGGAAAAUGCGCCGGAUUAUGGAAAGAAUUUGAACCGAAGUACUCCUCAAGGGUGCAUAAGCAAUCAUUGCGAUUCUGAAAAAGCUAAGUGGGACGAUAUGCAUUUGACUACGGCACUGAAUGAUAAAACAAGACUGAAGAAUGACUACAAAGUGUCUAGUCCUGUAAACUGCGACCCUCCCAAUAGACUGUAUGGGGGCAGAAGCAACACAGCUACAAACAGCAACUUCAGGCCUUCAGCAACAAACAUGACUGAAGAUGAUCAGCGAAUUGUUGGAAGCUACCAUUGGGACUGUUCAGAUUGGGCGAGACACUCCCAAACUCUUCCCAACAUAACAGAAGUUCCUGGAUCGGAAAUUCCCGAUUCGUCCAGUUUUCACAGCAACGAGAGCAACGAGUCGCGUUGCCUCAAUCAUGUUCCUCAUUCCUACUCUCACCACAGACCGGGAAUCGUUAGCCCUUUAAAUGAAGAUGCCGAGUCUGCAUACACGGGAGACAUCGAAGAAGGAUCAACUCGUGGUGGUAAUACGUUAAAUUCCCUUAGUGGUGAUGGCAGUGAAGAAUAUAGAUUUCCCACAGCCGAAAGUUAUCUUCGCCACCCCAACGCUUACCUCCCUACGCAUAACUACAACAUUCCCAGCGAAGCUGAAGCUGAGUCGCUUCAAAGUCCUGGCUCAGACGACAUUGAGCCUUAUGGAUUUCCCAGCAAUCGCAAUAGGAGGAAACAUAUGGAUGACGAUAUGGCCAGCGUUAUUACCACUUUAGAAGAGCGUCAUUCCCUCUUGGGCGGUUGUUAUGCAAGCAAUAGCGAUAUCUCAACAAAUUUAUGUGAAAUUGAGGAUUCCGAAUGUGAAACCGAACACAAACCACUGAAUUACAUAAGCGGAAGGGUGCAUCAAACGGAUGUCUGACAGCACGCUAACGGCCCCAAGAAAAAAGUGCGCUUCUUGGGAUAGCACGAUGUGUUCAUCAUCGAAACUACCGAAAUGUAACCGUUGAAGGUUUUGUGAUACUCCCCCGAACGGAACGAACAAGUUUCACUUAAACACGUUCCUAGUUAUGGACCAAUAGGGGGGCUGUUGGUAAAAGUGUAAAAAAUCGUACUGAACUGUUCUCAGCUAAUUACCAACACCUUCGUAAAUCAAUGGGAGGGGGUGCCAGUGUAGGUAAAAUUAGCAGAUGAAUUCCUCAAAAGACUUUAAAGGGUCGAUCAAGCGUCAAGCUUUUGGAAGUGCACAUUUCUGCGAACAAAGUCACAGAGGAUUUUACAGAUUGAACUCAUAGAAAUGUGAUACUCCUAGAAAAUACUACAUAUUUUCGAUGUGUUUUGUUACUGAACUUUUAGAUAUCAGAGUUUUAUAUGAGAGUCGUUUUCAGCGAAUGAUAAGUAAUUUAAAUCACUUAAAAAUGUUAUCAGUCUUUGCAUAUCACGCGAUGGUCACAAUAAGACAAACGCUCAGUAUUGUUGCGCCACUGUCCAACCUUACUGGGCUUAUUUAAAUCGUCGUGUUUAAUUACUUUUUUAAUGUAUUGAAAAAAUCGAAAAAUUACCUAUUUUUGUAACAAUUAAUUAAGAUUAUUACCUCUAGGUUCUUACUUUUAAAUGUUGUACCUCGUUUGAAAUGAUGCAUUUACUUAUGUGAUCGAUAUCCCAAUUAUUUGCCACCGUUUCAAGAAAUCGGUGCUUCUUGCUUGGGAUAACUUUCUAGUAGAUUAAUUUUUAAAAUUACCUCCUAACUGUUCAAAAAUUAGUUCAAUGUUAAUUUCCACCAUAAUAUUAGGGUUAAAAAUGUGCCUAUACGUAUAAAACCUUAAGGACUGUGCUGUAAAACUAAGGCAGCUCGGUUUGAAUCCUUGUACAUUUUAAGUAGAUAAUAAUUAACCGAAAUUAUGCAAUUUAACUUGAUUGUUUCUUAAUCGGUUCUGCAUAGAUUUUUAGUUCACCUCCUGAUCAGUGUUAAGUAUUUAUUUUUAUAGAAUAGCAAAAUCUCGUUUGUUUUAGCCUCUCACAAAAAUCAAACCUUUUUUUUCUUACCUUCCUUGGACGAUUUUAAAGUUUACAUUUGCCAUUAAAGCACUGCUAAAAAUAAGUGAAAAAUCCGGUCAAAGUAUGCCUAACAACUAAAUCUCGAUUAUGUUUUUACAUUAAUUAUUCUUAAUGUAUUUUUCGUUAAUAUUGAUCUAAUUGUCUCAAGACACAUUGACUUUAUAUUUAAUUGUAAUUUUUAUAAUAAAAAUUUCUAAAGAAACA